UUAGUCGUCUCUGAAAUUUAGUCUAGAACAUUGUAAAUUUCAUUUUCAUAAACUCUAUAACAAAACUACCGUUUUUUUGGAGGUCACAAAUGAUAGAAAGACGUUCCCUGCAGUGGCGGACCCUUCAAACGAAAUAUGCGAUUUAAUUGAAUGAGUUACCAAGUUCAAGAUUUCCCAAUUACUCGGCCAGCACUUCAAGACAAAUAUCAUCAUGAGCGGCUGCAACGAUAAACUAGAGUCGUGUACAAGUACGAUGGAUGAAAGACAAGCUUUGCUCUCUGUCUCAGUUACCUUUAAAUCACAAGAGAAUUUGGAGGCAAAUGACAAUUCCGAGAGUAAAUCACAAGGAAAAGAUGACAUUGCUGGACUUGCUGAUGCUGUUCAUGAAGAAGAAGCUUCAUGUGAGACUGAACACAAGGGAUUUACACCGUCAUCCAUAGUUAACAGUAAAGAGGGCAAAGUAAAGGCUGAAACUAGAACGAAGAGUGAAGUCACAAAAGCUGAAAUACUACCGGGAUGGAAAGGCUACGGCAACGGUAUCUAUAUUCAGCCAAUCAUCGUUAACUCCUCAAAAAACCAAGAAAACAAAAAAAGUUUGCAGUCUGGGAAAUUUACAGUCGAAGACUUAAGACAGCAACUACGACUACGACAAUCUUCCGAAUGGGUGGUAAAGCAUAAUCAAAGAAUUCACCUAAAAGGAUCAUUGAAAACUGGUGCUCCACAUAUCAAUUCAGAAAUAAAUACAUGUAUUUCUCGCUGCCAUUCCAGCCGAACGGCAACUGGAAGUCAAGAGCCUUCUCUUUCACAGCACAGCCAUUCCGUCAAGCAAACAAGCAAACUUGCCAAAGGUUUUGUUUGUAGACAUUGGACACGAGAUUUCUUAUCGAAAGACAAUGAAAGUGAACAGGAGAGCGAGCCAUCGUCCCUUACAAUUCGCUCAUAUGUUAAUGUCGAUAUGAUGGAAGCGUUAUCGAAGACGACAAAAGCGUCGGAGCACAAAAAAAGGGUUUGUCCUGAUAGAACCAGACCUAGACAACACCAGAAUGCUAGUAAAAGCUCCCCAGAUUACGACGAUGAAAAUAGCCAUCAAUUAUCUAGGAGAUCAUCUCUAUCUUCUUCUCUAGUUUCUAAUGAGAUUAUACCCAAGGAUAACCUACAUCAAGAUAUCAAUGAUUUAAUUUUUGGAAAUAUUUCAGUGAAUGUGCGCAAUCCUUGCACGGAUGACUCAUGUUCCUGUAGAUUGAAUGAAAUUGCAGCAACACCUCAAGCCACAGAAACCUGCAGUAGUAAAUUAGGAAAAGAAAAGGGCAAAUCAAGGAACAUGUUAAAACCAAGAAAAGAACAAAGAAUGUUUGUACAUGUUCCGUUGAAAGAGUUUCCUCCAAUCGAUCCACUGCGAGACUUGAGAAAGUCUUCCAAAAUCCAAACAAUGGGAAAAAGAAAGCUCCCUCGCCGGCCACAUACAGUGGGCGCACCGUGCUCAUUCAGUGACAUCAAUAAAAAGACAGCAGAAAGCAUUCGUAUCUCGUCUUCAAAGUCAUUGGGCUAUCACUUCCGUGGGAUACACGGGAAAGCUGUAGAAUAUCCAUUGAAAAACUGGCAAAAUCGAGGCAAAUAUGUAAAACCCUAAGUUGGUAAAGAGUAAAUCGAUAAUUCAAGAGGGAUUUCACGCCGCUGAAGUAGUUCCAGGUUGAAGUGUUAUUAACAUUAAUUAUUAAUUUACUCAGCUUUGGGAUGUUUAUAUCACUACAUAU